AUGACUAUUCCUUAUUUACACUCUAAAUAUUGUGAUCUUUGUACAUCAAGCAAUAACUUACCUUUUGAAUUCGUCAAUAGGGCAUUAGCAGGUCCAAACGUAAAUGGUUACAGAGGAAAUAUUCAUAAGCGGUUCCUUUCCAUUACAGAAGCCAUUGAAUUUAUGGGGCUACAUGGAAUAAUGGAAUCAAAUAUUCAAUAUUAUUUAGAACAAAAGGAAAAGGAUUUACUUGAAGUCAAAAAAGAGGAAUACUCCGAAGAUGCAUCUGAUACAGAUUAUACAGAUGACCUACUUGUUCCUCUUUUUGGUUUGUCCUCGACAGCAUGGGGUGUACUGAUUCAUAUUGUUUCGGCUGUACAGCCCCCUGUUUGCUGCAUGAAUCAGUGUUUUUACUAUCAGCGUUUUAUUCUACUGAUGUUUACUCCACCAAGGGUUAUAAGCCCAGAUUGUAGAGGGUAUCUAUUUGCUAUUCAGUUUUUCUACCCAGUUGAAACAAGCUGGAGAUUCUAUUCACUACAGUUACGAUCAUCAUUACCAACUUCAAUCAGACAUCUGAAUAUUGCAAACUCCGAAUAUGACAUUGACGAAUUGUUCCCAGAUUGA